AUGCACCAGAGCUGGAACCGCGGCUACCUCGUUUACCCAGCGGACGCUCGGUCGACUCACAGCACUCUGCUGCUGGAUAGCAACGCAGAUUCCUUGACUGUGACUCUGGAGAGCGGUCCGCAUACCCGCGACAUGUUUGUGUCAGUGGAGCACCCCCUGCUCAACCAAAGUGAGCCUACGCUCGUGCCUUCGGCUACAGAGUAUCAAGUCUCUCUUCCGCAGGGACCACUUUAUGGCAAGAUUAAAGUAUGGACAGUGGGUGUUUAUUUCAGCACACACUACACGGUGCACAUCCUUCGGCUCGACGAGACCAUGAAUGUAACCCUCAGCAGCUGGAAUAGGUUCCCUUCGGAGCAGCAGAAGAAUGAACAUGGUGACACAUCGUUCGAAGAGGAGAGGCGUGUCCAGUAUUUGCAGCAAAACUCCCUGUGGUACGUGCCAGACCUUGACAUGGGACACAAUGCCAGCCUUCAAGUGCGAAUUCAUCCUGUUAUUUUUGCGCCGCUCUCCUUGCACAGGAACUUGCCGGAGGUGCCACAAGUGACAGACACUGCCUGCGAGUGCGGCGACAUCAAGGAUGGUUUUGGUGAUGAUUGUGCUUUGCAGAAACCUGUGGAGCAAGCCAGGUCAAGCUACUGCAUUUACUUGUUAGCCACAAAGCCAGAGAUUGAGCUACACAAGGGUAAGGCUAGCGUUGCAGGUGUUGGCUGUGACAUUGUGUCGUGGCUUGUCAACACCACCGUGAGUGGCAAAUUUGUGGGCCUUUCGUCGGCUGGAUUACGGCAUGCACGCAUUGACGACGUGGGGCUGCUUCCUUUCGCUCAUGUCAAGACCCAGCAAGUCCACGGUAUCGACAGCCGGUUCUCUAUCGAUCUUCCACCCGAAAGCCUCAUGCAGGAGGCCACUCAGCUUUUGAUCAGCCCGACGCCCGAUGCAACAGAUGUGGAAGUACAGACAAUUCCUCUCAGGGUGGUUUCUCAUGCGCCCCCUAUUUCAUUGAUAUUCAAUGCAACCCCGGCAGCAUUCCUGCUGCCCGCCUUCGACAGCCAGGAUCUACGUUCCGAGUAUCGGCUCUGUGGUGGGGCAAAUGCCGCCAUAGACAGACUCUCAGCACUUGUUCUGGACUCUCGGUUCCGAGUGGUGAACUCGAGCAUCUACAGCAGUGCAGACUGCAAUGGCCCGAAGUAUGAUCUGGCUGUGAUCUACUCUCCUGCCGAAUGUCUUCGCGAGGCAAUGAACCUUCGAGACUUGACCUCCCUGGUGAGCACAUGCGCAGACGAGAGCGGUGUAUGGCAUUUCAUUGUGGGGAUGAACAAGCCUGCUGCCGUUACCAAGCUCCUCGAAGCAAAAGCCAGUCCUGACAGCACCAGCCGUGGCGAAACGCCACUGCGAAUUGCCGCGGCGGAGGGGCGUGAAGCGAUCGUGCGGCUCCUCUUGGAGAAGCAGGCGAAGGUGAACUUGAACAACACGGACGGCGAAACGGCUCUGUCAAAAGAGCGCUCCGUGCCGUGUGAUCCAACACCACUGGUCUCGGUGCUGACAGCCGCAGAAUGCUACAUGGAUAGUUACGUGCUGGAAAUUGCCCUGCAGCAGGCUCGCCUGGACGUCGUGAAGACUGUCUUGGAAGAAGCAAGCCCUGCUUUGUUUGGCGAUGAGGUCAAGGAAGCAUUUGCCAAUGCCAUAUUCGAAAGUCCAGUGUCUUUCAUUGAGGAGGUCACCCCGCUGCUUGCCCACAAGGGCAUGCCGAUGGAUUCCGUUGUGUACGAUGAGCCAAUGAUCGCCGGGGCCGUCCAAAGAUGCAGUGUGGAGUUAGUUGACUUCUUCUUAGCGAUGAACGCCACGCUUUCCCGAGCGCUUCUGAAGAACACGGAUGAGUGCAAGGACACAACGGUUCGAAGCAAGAUCAACAGUUUGUUGCAGCCAAAGGCGCAGACGCAGCGGCUUUGA